AACUCGGGGCAGUGAUCGAAAUAAUCCACCGCUAGCUGCCACACACACACACACACACACACAGAGCAGAGCCAGGUGUACACAUCACGUAGGUGUUUAAGUCAUAAAUAGGAUAUAUUUUUAAUACAAUAGUGUGACACGUAUAAAUAUUAUUUUAAUACAAUAGUAAUAAACGUGUAUAAAUAUUAAUCAAAAGUUUAAUUCUUCAAACUUUCAGUAUUCUCAGAGUCUUUAACACACACAGAGAGUCACAGAGAGUGAAAAUGAGAAAAAUAAGCACAAAUCAUCAUUUUAUUAGAUACAGUAAUGAUUCAGAUGCAUUAUAUCCUUCUGAGUCUGGUUCCUCUCCAGGUUUCUUCCUCAUGUCGUCUCAGGGAGUUUUUCCUCUCCACCGCCUCUCUGACUCGCUCAUUAGGGAUAAAUUCAGACAUUUACAAUUUACAUCCUGAAUGUAUUCAUUUCUGUAAAGCUGCUUUGUGACAACGUCCACUGGUAAAAGCGCUACACAAAUAAAAGUGAACUGAAUUAUAUUUCUUUACUUCCACAUGUUUCUGCCCCUUAGCACUGAUAUUUAGCUUGAUUAUAUGUUUCUUAGGGAAAGCGGGACAAAUGGGUGAAUCCCAAAUAUUUUCCUAUGUGCUAUGAAUGCUCACUACACUGGGUACUACAUCAUGGUAGACAGUGCACUAAAUGUGCCUAUAGUACAUUAUUGGAGCCACAAAAGAAACUUUUUAACACACACACACACACUUUGUUCAGUUGUGGAAUCAGGUGAUGCAGCUGUAAGGACGCUUGUGCUGUAUGUUGUAGAUGGAGGUAAAGCACAGUGUCGAGUGUGUAAUGUGAAGAUGGAUGUCUCACCUGUGAUGAGAGAAGAGUCCAGAGGCGUACUCCAGCACCAGGAACUCCCUCAGGUGCUUGGGGUUUACAUUAUGACACCUGAAGCGUGUGAUGGUCGACAGGAGUUUGUUGUUAUUUACUGUGACUGCAGUGUUAAAACAGUGCUUAGUGCAAUCGCACUGAUACAGCAAGAUGAGCAAGAACAAAUCAGCAGUAAAUGUCCCGCCAACAACGACAACCAGCACAGCUAGCAAAUUAGCAACGAUGGCUAGCGCAGGGAAAUGUGAAGAAAUCCCUGCAGAUAACGACGGAGUCUCUAUGAGCCAGCUAGUAACGGAGUUAACAAAGCAACGAGCUUCGAUAAAAGAAGAAUCUCAGCUCUGAUUCAAGAGGCCAUGGUGCCGCUUCAGACAUCGGUGAACGCUUUAACAGAGACAUUGGCUAGUUUUCAGUCCCGCCUGUGCGCCACAGAGACACUCGCGAGCGGGAAGUUUUCGGAAAAAGCUAUCAAAACUCUUCAAGAGCAAAACGCGACGCUUAUGGAUGGAGUUGAUGACUUGGAAAACCGGUCACGGAGAGCAAAUCUCCGGAUUUUAAACGUUCCAGAGAGAAACAGCGAGAAAGGCCAGUCUACUGUCAAGCUCGUGUCCGAGAUGCUAAUGGAAGUCGUGGGUCAGGAAGGUUUUGAAAAGCCUCCCGAGCUAGAACGAGGACACCGAUCACUGGGUCCAAAACCACAGGAAGGUCGAGCUCCCCGGCCACUGGCUCUAUGUUCUCACACAUUGCAGGAGAAGGAGAAAGCGCUAAGAUGGGCCAGACAGAAUGAGGCAAAAUACAAGGGCUCGACUUUGAGAAUCUAUUCAGACAUCUCCGCCGAUCUCGCCAGAAAGCGCGCCACAUUUAAAAACGGCAAACAGCUGCUGUAUCAGAAGAAUGUGCGAUUCCAGUUGCUUCAUCCAGCACGACUACGAGUUCAUCAUGAGGACGAGACAUUCCUCUUCAAUACGCCUGAGGAAGCUCAGCAGUUUUACUCAGCGGAUUGCUACACGUGAAUAACUCCUGGUAUCAUUGCAACCAUAUUGUGAAUUACAGAAGAGACAUGUUGACUUUUAGGCAGGCCUGAGACACCAUGAUAACUGGAAAAGCCUUUUCAGGACACCCCUGUUUCUAAGUGCACUUUCUGUUUUAGAGGGGUUUAUAGGUUUUUCUCUGUGAGGAUAAAUGCAAUGCCUUAUUUUUUAUAAUUCAUUGGUUAUAUUCUUGAUCCUAGAUCCUGAGUAUUAGGUCUAACUUCAAGCAAUAGGUGUGCACCUUCUGUUUUAGGGUGAUUUAUAUGUCUCUUCCUUGACGCCUUAUUUUCAUUCAUUGAAUAUGUCACUGACUUUAUAUAUGAUAAGGUUUAAAACACUUUCAGUGAUUGGUCUGCUAUAUCACACAAUGCACUUUAUUUAGCUGAGCUAAUUUACAGACCAUUCAAUCGUAUUCAUGAUGAACAACUCCACUGUAGAUUGGCAAAAAAUUGAUGUCUUGCGUCUAGAGUUUUGUUAUUAUGCGGUACUGUAUUUAUUAAUAGCGCUUCAGAUCUGUUUAUACACUUAUUUGUUAUUAUGCAGUACUGUAUUUAUUAAUAGCGCUUCAGAUCUGUUUAUACACUUAUUUGUUAUUAUGCGGUACUGUAUUUAUUAAUAGCGCUU